ACAAGGGUUAUUCAAGUCCCCAGCAGUCCAAUUUUGUACAACCUGAUAUGCCUUUUGGUAAUAUGUCCGAAAUACCAUACACAUAUGGUCAACAACAAUUUGAUUCUAUGAAUUGCACGAAUUAUGAAAGCCAAAAUAACAGCCAAUCUCCAAAACGAGCCAGUCAAAAGGCCGCUCGUACGCAAAGUUCUAACAGAUCAUCAUUAAAGGGCCAGUCUGCACAACAGGCCACACAAAAUUCGAAUAGGUCCUCGUUAAAGGGUCAGUCUCCAGGGCAGCCACCAAGGAGAGAUGUGACACAAAUAAAAUCGAAUAAAUCCCCAAGUAUCGAUAAAUCUUCAAAGCAGGGUGGUAAUAUUGUUGAAUGUUCGGCAUGUAAAUCCCAGAGAUCUUCAGUUAUUGAUCAAUCUCUACGUCAGGGUGGUGAUGCUGUUGAUUGUUUGACAUGCCGUAGUGAAAUUCAAGAUACAACAGGAGGAAAUCAACCAGCUGGAGACGCCUGCUCAUGCUCUGAAGACGAAGAUAUUAAUCCCAGUCAGUAUGGGGCUGUGGAAGAAGCUCCUUGCAAUAGAACAACUUGCAGCAAACUUGACGACGAGAAGCAGAUCCUUGACGACAUAGAAAAUAAAGAUAUUGCAUGUAUUAAUCCAGAUCAAGUAAUGAAAUUGGUGGAAAAAGAAAGGACAGAGGUGGAGACUUUUUCAACCAUGGCUUCUGCUUAUGUACCGUUCAAUCCGAGCAAUUUUUCGCCCAAACAAAAGUUGCAGCAGAUUAGGAUGAAUUCUGAGACUAUGGCUAUGCUUUAUAAAACUAUACUAAACCCAAGCCCUUCAGCGGACGAAGCCCAGUAUGAACCAACCCCAGAAAUGAUGGUGUCCAUAAUGCAGGCAAUAGAACGUAAAGUCGAGCCUACAGUAGACCCGACCAGACAAUUCAACGCUCUCUUCACCUCGAACAAAUUCGACGAACUAGUCAAAAUGAGCCCUGUUGCGGAGGGUUACUUCCAAGACAUUGUGGUACCUUUAUCUGAAGCCCAGCACUUACACGAAGAGUUGAUUACAAGGGAAUUAAGGAUUGCUACGUAUAAAAUGGAAAAGGCCUUUAGAGGCAAGGAAGAUGAAAGACCAAGGAAUAAUUUGUUUGCUGAAGUAAAACCAGAAGUUCCUCUGAAAGAAGAAAAAAUCAAGACCACUUUUGAAAUGCAGGGUGAUUCACCAUGGGGAGAAGAAGAUCUUAUGCCAGCUACAAAUGUCAUUGGAGCUGGACCUGGUCCUCUUGUGGAAGCAGAAGAUGUCAAAGCGAUGGAGGGUGAUGGUCCGAAAGUUAUUGCCAUGACUAAAGGAAUCGAAUAUUUUGUUGAAACGGAAACACCUUUGUAUGAAUCCAAGGUUCAAUUGAGAGGAACCAAUCCACCACUUUAUUUCCCAGGUUAUGUAUAUGCCUUACCUUACACAGAAGACCCAGUGCAUCUAGCCAAGUCACCUAGCGAAGUUUUUCAAAAAGCCUGGAAAUCUAUUCACCCAAAUUAUUUUACUGAAAGAAGUGUUAUUUACUUAUAAAUGUAUUGUGAUGUUUGGUUUUAUAUGAUGUUUAAUAAAUGUUUUUGAUGACA